AUUGCGCUGCGAGUCCGUCACCCUCCACGACCGAUCUUCUCUCCACCGGUCUUCGCCGCCAUCAUGUCUCUCUCCACCAAGGCCGCCACCUCGCUGGUUCGCCACGCCGCGCGCCAGCAGCUGCCAGCGCUGCGAUCCUCGGCCGCCGUCAACACCAGAACCUACGCCGAUGCCUCGACCUCGACCCACGAGUACACCUCGCCUUUCUCCCGCGGUGUGUCCGGCAAACAGGAUACCACCCACAUCCCCAGCUUCCAGAAGUACCGCUCGUCGGGUGGUGAGACUGGAAACAAAUUGUUCCAGUACUUCAUGGUCGGCGCUAUGGGUGGUGUGUCCGCAUUGGGAGCCAAGAAUACCGUGCAGGACUUCCUCGUCAACAUGUCCGCCUCCGCCGACGUCCUCGCGCAAGCCAAAGUCGAAGUCGACCUGGCCUCCAUCCCCGAAGGCAAGAACGUAAUCAUCAAGUGGCGCGGCAAGCCCGUCUUCAUCCGCCACCGCACCGGCGACGAGAUCAAAGAAGCCGAAGCCUACGACUGGAAGAAGCUGCGCGACCCACAACCGGAUGCCGACCGCGUCAAGAAGCCCGAGUGGCUCAUCAUGUUGGGUGUGUGCACGCACUUGGGUUGUGUGCCCAUUGGCGAGGCGGGUGACUUUGGAGGCUGGUUCUGCCCGUGUCACGGAAGCCAUUAUGAUAUUUCGGGGAGAAUUCGAAAGGGCCCUGCGCCGUUGAACUUGGAGGUGCCGGAGUAUGAUUUCCCUGAGGAUGGUGCUCUGGUUAUUGGCUAGAGUGGCUGUUGUCUGGGCUGG